AUGACGCUGCGUCUCGACCGGUCGUUCCUUCCCUCUCACGGAAGUCUUGGCGGAUUCCCAUCGGCCGCGGUUUCCUCCUCGGCCAAGGCGCUCACGGCAGUCUUCACUCAUACGAACCGCCCCACGAGCAAACAAAGACGCCGGCAAUCACCCUCCUUUGACCACCGCCCUGCAUCCACAUCCACAUCCAUAGUCGCAUCAUCACCAUCGCCAUCUCAUCGUCCUCCCCCAGCGACAUCACCCAUCGACUCGCCCGUCGCCCGUAUGCCGACGUCGCCUGCCUCGCCGCCUUAUUACUACCAGAACCAGCCCGUGAUUCACAAAGCAGCGCCUGUCUCAGUCGCACCACACACUCCGCCCUCGCCUGCGUCGGUGCGCAUGUCUUCGUCGGCUCAUAAUGGCAAAGACCAAUCUUUCCCUACGCCGCCGUCGUCCUACGUCCCGACAAGCUCGCAUUCGUUCGCCGGCAUGAACACUCACAACUCGACCCCACAACACUCCAUGGACACAGACAUGCCCGAUGCUGAGGCUCCGCAAGCGCGGCCAACGCUGCCGCUGCUCUGUCAAUCCCUCUGCCGGAUAGCUCACCCUAUCUCGCGGCCUCACCCAAAUGAAAACCUCAUCAAUUUAUACGGCCUGCAAAGCAUCGCCAACUCGGUCCGCCGAACAGACCCCAUUACGGGCGAGAAGAUCAACAAGCUGCGCAAGUCUUACGAGGGUAAGGUCAAGAAUUUCGGUCUCACCGGAAAGAACAAGCCCACCGACCUCAACGAAGAGCUGAGAGGCCUUCUGCAAUGGGACCCCGAAUCGUGGUAUGAUCAGCGCGUUCACGGCAGAGAACUUGACAAGGCCGAGUCGUCCCCUCUCAUGGCUACAUUGGGCCGCGCCUUGACUAUGAACCCUGGCACACUUCCUGCCGAUGAACACAACAAGUGGAAAUCCAUACUAGGCCUCGAUGAUGGCAACAAGACACCUUCUCAGCCUGCCUCCAAGAUCCCCGCUCACUCUCAGAUGCUCAAGGCCCAGGCCUCUUCCAUGCGCGCAUCCGCACCCGCCUCGCCACGUGCUUCGAACCCGAACGGUAUCCGUCCAGAUCGCUCAAACAAGAAGCGCCGAUACGACGAGAGUAGCUACACUGGUUACAACGAGAGUUACCAAGAAGACGAUGGCUACUCGACUGGUGGCUUGGAUGACAAGCGAAACUCUGCAACCAAGAAGCGCCGAAAAGUAUGA